AUGGUCUUCCCGCGGUCCUGUUUGCGUGUGCGCACUCUGUUCACCGCGCUGUGCCUCACGUCAUUGUUCAUCUGGUCCGUCUCGCGCUGGGGCGCGGACCCUCCUCCUCCAUUGACCGACUGGGACCCCACGCCGUCCUCAAAUGCCCUUCCAGACUUGACAGAUUCGCACCAGAAGUUCUGGUUAACAUUCCACCGGUCCCUCGAGAAAUACGCGCCGAGAACGACGCCGAUUGUCGAGUAUGAGCGCGCCCCGACGGAGCGCUUCAAUCCGCAUGAUACCCGCCCGCGUCCCAACUAUCUCAGCGUGGACGUCGAGGACGUCGCCGCGAUCAAGAUCGCGCAUACAGGCUUCGUGGCUACUAUCACGGGCGAGGACACCGCACCCACUCUCCCCUACAUCCCCGGCUCAAAGGGCAUAGUCUCCACCGCAGGAGGCGUCUACCUUCCCGUGCUGGUGAUUUCCCUGCGCAUGCUACGACGAACAGGCUCAUCACUCCCGGUGGAAAUCUUCCUCGCCGACGAACAAGAAUACGAAGAGUACAUCUGUGACGUGGUUCUCCCCUCGCUCGACGCGCGAUGUAUCAUUCUCUCGCGCAUUCUCGCCUCAGCCCCUGUCGCAAUAGAAAAAUACCAAUUCAAGCCCUUCGCCAUGCUCUUCUCCUCCUUCGAGGAAAUCCUCUUCCUAGACGCGGAUGCCUUCCCACUCGAGAAACCCGAGACGCUCUUCCGUGCGGACCCCUUCCGCUCAAAGGGUCUGCUGACCUGGCCCGAUUUCUGGGGGUCGACUGUUUCGCCGCUUUUCUACGAGAUUGUGGGUACGUCUGCGCCGCCGCUGUCGUUGCGUCAGUCUACCGAGUCGGGCGAGGUAUUGGUGUCGAAGAAGACGCAUGCGCGUACACUCCUUCUCGCUACGUACUAUAAUUACUGGGGCCCGUCGCAUUACUAUCCGCUCCUGUCGCAGGGCGCCGCAGGCGAGGGCGAUAAGGAGACUUUCCUCGCAGCUGCGACAGCCAUGCAAGAACCCUUUUAUCAAGUCAGCGAACCGAUCGUCGCACUCGGACACCGCAAAGAUAAAGGCGGUGGGUUUGCGGGCUCCGCGAUGGCGCAGUUCAAUCCUAUACCGGACUAUGAGCUGAUUCGGACGGGGAAAGCGCGUGUGCGCGGUGACGAUGCUCCCCCGCCGGAUGUAUUUUUUAUACACGCCAACUUUCCCAAAUUCAAUCCCGCCACCGUAUUCGAGCAGCAUGAGGUUAAUCCGGCGUUUACGGAUGAGGGGGGAGUACACGCGGGCGUGGACGAUCCCGGAAGAAGUUGUGGACAAGUUUAG